GGGAAAAUUCCUGUGUUUUGUUUUCUUCCAGCUUGCCUUUGAGGCCAUGAGUGUGAUCGCCGUGGCGACCAACUGUGCCUUGAUUGGCAUGUCCCCCCAAGUCAAGUCCUAUUUCCCAGAGUCAGAGACACAGCUCAUACUGUGGGUGGUGGGCUUCGAGGUACUGUACCAUUUUCACACCUCUCACUCUUCACACACACAAUCUGACUAGACAUGUACGAAAUCAUUUCCUACUAAUUUAAAUAUCUUAUUUCCCAGAUUGUGUCUCAGUUUGGUGCUUCUUGCGCCUAAAUAGAGUUGAAGCAGGCGGAUCAGCAGAAUAGAGUUGAAGCAGGCGGAUCAGCAGAAUAGAGUUGAAGCAGGCUGAUCAGCACAAUAGAGUUGAAGCAGGCUGAUCAGCAGAAUAGAGUUGAAGCAGGCUGAUCAGCAGAAUAGAGUUGAAGCAGGCUGAUCAGCAGAAUAGAGUUGAAGCAGGCUACUCAGCAGAAUAGAGUUGAAGCAGGCUACUCAGCAGAAUAGAGUUGAAGCAGGCUACUCAGCAGAAUAGAGUUGAAGCAGGCUGAUCAGCAGAAUAGAGUUGAAGCAGGCGGAUCAGCAGAAUAGAGUUGAAGCAGGCUGAUCAGCAGAAUAGAGUUGAAGCAGGCUGAUCAGCAGAAUAGAGUUGAAGCAGGCUGUUCAGCAGAAUAGAGUUGAAGCAGGCUGUUCAGCAGAAUAGAGUUGAAGCAGGCUGUUCAGCAGAAUAGAGUUGAAGCAGGCUGAUCAGCAGAAUAGAGUUGAAGCAGGCAGAUCAGCAGAAUAGAGUUGAAGCAGACUGAUCAGCAGAAUAUAAUUGAAUCAGGCUGAUCAGCAGAUGGCGCCAGAGAGUCAUAGAAUGAGAGAUCCAUCCUUGCUGCUUUGGUAGCAUGUGUGAAGAAGAUGAUGAUGACUGGGUGUUUAUGUCCUGACUAUACUGUAGGUCUCGUCUCGUCUCCUCCACUGUGUCUUUGAGUGCCGCUGUAAGCCGGGGAGAGUACAGAGGGUAGGCCAAUAGAUAGGACCUGUGUUAGUGGGGGAGAUAUGUGUGGAUAAUGCACUGUUCCAGGUUUCAGCCCCAGCAUAACUCCAGUCAGUCCACGUCUGUUAGGAUCACAAUUGGGGGAGCUCGUUGUGCAACAUCCUCCGCAUGCACCUCCAGCCCUCGAGAGAAAAUGCUUAAAAUAACUAAGAGAAAAAAGAGCAGAGGGGGGGCCUGAAGCAGAGGAGACGUAGUUCAUUAGAAUAGAAAACAUUUUUACAUUUGAGUCAUUUAGCAGACGCUCUUAUCCAGAGCGACUUACAGUUAGUGAGUGCAUACAUUUUUUCAUACUGGCCCCCCGUGGGAAUCGAACCCACAACCCUGGCGUUGCAAGCGCCAUGCUCUACCAACUGAGCUACAGGAGGCCUAAUAGAAAUGUAUUUUAUUUUAUUAGUCCUUGGAGGCCAUUCUAGUGUGGUUUAUCACCUUGCUCAAACAACAUUGUAUUUUUACGGAUUUUAAAUGAGGUCUUAUUGAUUUGCUGGCUGCAUGUUUGGUUGAAUAUUGUUUUUGCAUUGGUCUACAGACCUGCCACAGAGCAAGUAAACACGUUCCCUUAAUACUAACUGUGUAUGACAACCCCUUCACUGCGGUUCAAACAUUUCAUAUUUGUGCACUAUUUGUGUAUUGAUUUCCUGUCUUUGCACCAGCUAAUACAGACCAGCACCAAUACAGACAGAAUCAUGGACAGACAGACAGCAGUAAAUACAACACACUUGCUCUUGCACAUACUGUAUGUCUCCAGCGCCCAGGGAGUUGCUCUGACCACCCUGUGGAGCCUGUAUACUCUGUGCCUGGGCUCUGUGCUCGGCUGCUCGGGGCUUGAUGUUGUGUGGUAAUGGAAUGCCUUGACCUCUAACCUCGGUGGCUCAGAGGCUGAAGUUGGCACGGUGGUGAGCUGCUGCAGGGUGAAUCUCUCUCUGCAGUCCACCUCAGACUGUAGAACACGUGAUGUCACACACACUGCCGUGGUUAAACCUACAGCACGGGGGUUAUCACACUGGAUUUGUGUGUGCGUGUGAGCGUGCGAGAUGAACCUACCUCACUAGCUUAUUGUACAUCCAGGCACAUUUCACACUGCUGCCAAGCAGCACAUUUCCUGUAGAUCUGUGGGCUGGCGUCUCCCUGCCAGAUCAUUCAGUCCAUUACAGACUGGAGCAGCAGAACCUGCCCUGCUACUCAGCAUGCAGGGACAGGGUACACGCACACACUGAUCCUUUUCUGGAUGCAUUGUUUGUUUAUGUAUUCAUUGAACGUAGUCAAUACAUAAUCACCACAAAAUAUCUGCCAGAAACUAUUUGAGAAAUAUUCAUGAGUCACUGAUCCACAUGAUACACUGUGGCAGAGGCUAUGAAUAUCUAGAUUCUAUUCUAUGAAUAUAUAGAUUCUAUUCUAUGAAUAUCUAGAUUAUAUUUUAUGAAUAUCUAGAUUCUAUUGUUAGAUUCUAAAUAAACAGAGUAAAAACUCACGGAAGAAUAGUAAAGGUCAAACCAAGUUUAUUCACCCAGCUGCAUAAAACAAGACAUAUUCACACAAGCACUGGUAUUUAAACCUUCCUCCUAUGCUGAGUCUCCUCCUUACACAUCUGGACAGCCAAUACAUCUCUGUUGCUAGACAGGACUGAUGCCUGUUCUUUCUCACUUCAUCUAACCUGACCUCGGCCCAAAUUCCUCACUUCUCCCUAACUCACGGCUGUCCUGUUGACUUGUACCAGACUGUGGCCCUUAUCCUUUCCAUAGGAUACCUGAUGUCUAACAAUAACAUGUUCUGACAGAAUGUAAACGUUCUUCAUUCCCCUCUCUCCCUCAGUGACAUUAUUAAGGAUAUUUAAAGUUCAUAAGUCAGAACCCCAUCACUAUUCUAUGAAUAUCUAGAUUCUAUUCUAUGAGUAGUGCUACAGAGACAGUCAAUGUUGGCAGACAUAUAGCCUGCAUUCCAAAUGGCACCCUAUUCCAUAUACUGUACUUUGGGCCCUGGUCAAAAGUAGUGCACUAUAGGGAAUAGGGUGCCAUUUAUUAUACAGCCAUAAUAACCCAGCCAGUUACAGAAAGCAGAGCAGGAUAUGGCUAUUAGGGCCUCUAGUGCCUUCUGUCAGGGAUGUUCUGGGUCAGUCCAGCUCUACGAUACAGAGAACAGGUCUUUCUGAGUCAGUCCAGCUCUACGAUACAGAGAACAGGUCUUUCUGAGUCAGUCCAGCUCUACGAUACAGAGAACAGGUGUUUCUGAGUCAGUCCAGCUCUACGAUACAGAGAACAGGUCUUUCUGAGUCAGUCCAGCUCUACGAUACAGAGAACAGGUCUUUCUGAGUCAGUCCAGCUCUACGAUACAGAGAACAGGUCUUUCUGAGUCAGUCCAGCUCUACGAUACAGAGAAACAGGUCUUUCUGAGUCAGUCCAGCUCUACGAUACCAGAGAACAGGUCUUUCUGAGUCAGUCCAGCUCUACGAUACAGAGAACAAGUCUUUCUGAGUCAGUCCAGCUCUACGAUACAGAGAACAGGUCUUUCUGAAUCAGUCCAGCUCUACGAUACAGAGAACAGGUCUUUCUGAGUCAGUCCAGCUCUACGAUACAGAGAACAGGUCUUUCUGAGUCAGUCCAGCUCUACGAUACAGAGAACAGGUCUCUCUGAAUCAGUCCAGCUCUACGAUACAGAGAACAGGUCUCUCUGAAUCAGUCCAGCUCCACAAGACAGAGUGAUAUUUUGCUCCUGUACAAUACCUAAUUUCACCUUUUGAGGCGCAGACAGUAGUAACGUGUAGUGGCUGUUAUGUUGUUCCAUCAAUAUGAACCUGUUAGUCUGAUGUGGUGGGGAGGGAGGGCCCUGGCAGAAUGGGUUCAGGGACCAGACCAGAUGCCGGUGUCUCAACCCCACAGUGGGACCAGACCACCGGAUCAUAUAGGAGGAGAGUGAGAAAAAUACUUUGCUACCAUAAAAUGCAGCAUUGAUAUAUCACCUUUAUGUAGGUUAGCAUAUCUUGCAUAACUUUGUGUUUAAAGGCCAUGGACUCAGUCUAGUCAAUGUGAAAUGUUACGAGGGCCCUUCGGCUCUCUCUCUCGCUCUCCUGGGUAGCUGUUCUUCCUCUCUCCUGUCUGUGAUUGGCUGGGACAGGGCUCAUUGUUGAGCAGGUGAUACCUGGGUAAUUACUGUACGGCAUGGCAUGCUUCACAGAGCAGUAACCAGGCAACAGGGUAGCCUAGCCACAGACACAGAGAUGUCGGAAGGGAGGGAGAGAGAGGGAGGGAGGGGAGGGAUGGCGAGGAGAGGGGGGAAAGAGGGAGAGGCGAGUGGGCGGGGGGGGGCAGGGGGCAGAGAGCAGAGAGGGAGGGGGGAGGUGGGGGCCUGGGGAGGGAGAGUGAGGGGGGGGGGGGAGAGGAGAGGGGGGAGGAGCAUUGGGGAGAAGAAGGGAGGGAGGGAAGAGGGGGGGGGAGGAGAGAGAGAGGCGGGAUGUAGGUUACGGGUUGACACUAGAAAUACUGUUGUCAUUGUCAAGUUGAAUGUGUUUGUACAUUUGCACAGAUUAUGUAAUAGAAUCGUUAUAGUUAAUGCAUUUUGUGAGAUGUUAACCAAACCUUUCAUGCAUUGUCCGUUAACAAAAGCACAUACUAUCUAUACCUUUUUAAAACAACAAGGAGAAAUCGGGAAUAAAUAUUUAUAUUUUACCUUCCAUUCUAUUCCCAGAUAUAGCCUGUACUAUUUAGGCUAGUAAAAACAAUGUGUAGGCUAAAAGCUCCAUCUUGCACAUCAACAGUCUUUGUUGUAUCACUUUCUCCAUGAGGUUUAUUUUAGGCAGGGAAUCAGAGAGCCAAUCCCAUUAAAGUGGGUUUCAGAUAAUCAGAUUAGAAUCCAGCAGCAGGUUUGCCAUGCCCCAGGCCCUGGGCACUGAUGGGGGUUGGCAUUCCCUGUACCAACCAAUCUAAUCCCUAUAUAGCUAGUGCACUAGGUUUGACAAGGGCCCAUAGUGCUCUGGUCAAAAAGUAGUGCACUAUGUAGGGAAUAGGGUGACAUUUGGGAGGCAUCCUGUGUACUAACGUAAUCCCUGAACCCUGCAUCUAGUGUAGGGACAUGGCUUUUACUCUGCUGUUUGAUUUAAAUAUGUAAAUGUCUGUUUCUCUCUAUCAAACAGUGACACAUUGUAGAAAAUGUUACCUAAGCUCUCGUGUGUGUGUCUCAGGGUUUUCGUUAUGAAAAUGUGGCGCCGGACAUUUGACCUGCAGCAUUUUCAUUUACCUGACAUUUGAGAAAUGUACAUGACCCAUAUGAAUAGGCCGUCCACCCACGGUGCUCAGAAUGACAGAAAUCACAUUUUGAUUAUGGUUAUUCAUUUUAACAGAACAUGCAAGUCGAGGAUGCAAUGACGUGUGUCCUUAACGCGCACUUUGAAGACGUUAGAAUAACUGUCCACUUUUUUCUCAGCCAACAAGACGAGUGACGAACAGCAAAAUCACUAGCCUAUGCAUAGGCGGAGCGUGAGUUUGAAGUUAGGAAAGCAAUGCACCUUUAUAAUAAAGCAUUCCAUUCAUCAUCGCAUUUGCAGACUUAUGUAAAAUUGCUUACUAUUCCUAAUGUGAUGAGUAGAUUGGAUAGUCAUAAUUUAGGCUAAUAAUAGAACUCAAUCACUGUUCGCAAAAAAAAUACCAGUUUAAUGCAUGGCUGAGCACGUAUGGUGUUAAGCAGCGUUUCCCAAACUCGGUCCUGGGGACCACAAGGGGUGUACGUUUUGGUUUUUGCCCUAGCACUACACAGCUGAUUCAAAUAAUGAACUCAACUUCAAGCUUUGAUUAUUUGAAGAAGCUGUGUAGUGCUAGGGCAAAAACCAAAACGUGCACUCUUUGGGGUCCCCAGGACCGAGUUAGGGAAACGUUGGUGUAGAGGCCUGAGCUGUAGGCUUUAUCAGAUACGUUUCAUGCUAAAAUAUACUACACUUUGUAUUACAUUCUGUUAAUGCAUGUAUUAAUUACAGUCAUUUACCAUUCUCAUUAUUGGAGUGGAAAUGUUAUUUGCAGAGUUCACAACCUGCUACACUUGUGAGAAACAAGUUUUGUUUAGUUUUGUCAAUAUUUUCAUUGUAUUUUGUUCAUCCUGAUAACGUUCAGGGAGGCGCGCGCGCCUGAGCACACAUAGAAGUAGGCCUACCUGGACUGCUGGGUGCAUGUGUAGGAAAGUGCCCAUUUGGCAAGGUCUGAUUGUCUUAACUCCCCACGUCCACCACUAAUAAGCUGAGCUUCUCAGUCAUGUUUUCUUCACCUCACACAUUGUCAAAGAAGUCUGUUUUUUUUACAUCCAUUGCGAAAGAUAGUUCCUCAGAAUUUGAAAAAUCUUUCCAACACUCCCGGCCUCGAUAAUCACCAAGCCUCGGCGUGAAAGAGCAAAAUACCAUGUUCUGAUGAUCCCAUAUAUCCAGUGGAAACGUCAUAAAAAACAGCUGUCUGUCCCGAGUUCACUGGCACAGAAUCUCUGAGGAGCCGAAAUAGGCUAGUUGAUACAAUGUUUCAAGUUCGCUAGCAACAGCUUUUGGCCAGACCCAGUUGAUGAUUUGAUACAAUGUUGCACUUCACUAGCAAUAGCUCAAGUAAAGACAGACAGAAAGGGAGGCAGAAUUUUCAUCAGGAUAUUUUCUACUGUUUUUAUUUUUCAGCAUCAGGCCUACUGCUGCAUUGGCUUAUAGGCUAUCUCUGACUUCUAUGCGCUCUUCUUUAGUAGCCUAUUUUGAAUGAUUUUAUUUAUUUCUGUAUAGGCUAUAUCAUUUUGGUAAUUUUAAUUCCAUUUACUUAAGGAAAGUUUAGCUUCCCCUAACCUUAUGGACUCGUUGCCUAUGAGCUUAUGUCAAUCUACUAUCCCCCAUAGUAGAAAAGUUUACCUAUUCUAUUGGUCAGCUUGUGGAGAAAGGAAAUAGCCCAAAAAGAUCCUGGGUCAGUUGUGGGACGAUAGAAAGCAUCUGAUGCAACAGAUCAGAACAUUUAGCUGAAAAUUACAAUUGGCUGGUGGCAAUUUUAUUUAUUGGCUUUUCUAAAAAAUUAAAUAAAAAGCCAAAUGCCAGCUAUUACCAGCUAACUGAAACCUGUGUGUGUGGACAGAAACAGAACAUCCAAUGACAGCAUUCAGACAGACAGAGGUUUGUCCUGUAAUUCACAACCCAGGAUGAAAUACUAAUGACCUGUCUGGGGGAUGCAUAGAGGAUGUCUAGGAGAGGAGAGGAUAGUCACUCACUCAGUCAGUCACUCGGUCUGUCCUGGUGAUUUAUCUAAAACAAAGAUUGACACAGAGGAGAGAGGAAGGGGAGUUGUGAUCUAUGAUUGAGUAGGAAGUACCUCUGUCUGGACACAGAAGCUGGGCUGGCACACUGCUACUGCAGAGGUGAAGUGAAAGAUGGGCGUUUAGCCUGCUGAUGAUCAAGGACGCAGGUGUAGACUUCUUCUUAAGAUGAGACAUAAUGUAAAUGAAUGCAGUCCAACCGUACUGCAGACUAUGUAUAGUCUUAUUACCCACUCUUACUGUGUCAUUGGUGUUACAGCCAGAAUAACAGGAUGGUGUCACAGACCCUUACCACUAGUGUGCUGACGAUAUCCCAUCUGAAUUGCGCCUCUGAAAUUGUGUUGCAAAACCCCAGAUGGUUGGUAUUUCACAUGAGUCAUAAUGAACGGGGGCAUGUAUCUACUGUAGGUAUGGGUAGUGGGAGAGAGGCUGUUCUUUUCAUGGUCAUGAACUGAAAUGGAACUCACCCUGUAGAUAAAGUGGGCUUGAUAUUCACUGCAGUGUUAAGGGCCGUACACACCUAGGACGAUAACUAUAAUGAUAACUAUGAUUGUUAUCUUUUUAUCUUGAUAGAUUUUGUUAUAGUCAUCGUCCUAGGUGUGGGCGGCUCUUAAAGAUGGUUAUCAGGAAGUGUUUAGUACUAUGACGGAGUCAAUAGAUGUCAGAAUGUAUAGGGAGGACAGAGGUAGCCUAGAGGUUAAGCGCAUUGGACCAGUAACGAAAGGUUGCUGGUUCGAAUCCCAGAGCCGACUAGGUGAAAAAUCUGUCUGUGCCCUUGAGCAAGGCACUUAACCCUAACCGUUACUGUAAGUCACUCUGGAUAAGAGAGUUUGCUAAACGACAAAAAAAAGACAGUUUUUUAGCCGUCCUUCUUGCCUUGGUCCUUGCUGUUUACAGCCCAGUCCUUUAUAAUGCUGAUAACACUGGCUGGUAUAAUGCAGCUGGCUUUAUUUGUUUGGUGCCUGACAACGCUGUCUGUCAGUCUCCCUCUUGCUGUUUGCUUCGCCAAAGGGAAAUCAGCCACGGUCCUCCAAAGCCACUGUGAUGUAGUCUGUGGUAUGUGUUGUUGAAGUCCAGAACCCUUUGUACCCAGUAACUGAAUGUGUCUGACUCUGCCACCAUGGUUGUGGUUCCUUCUUUUAUAUACUGUAGAGUACUAUUGGCCUUGUGCUAGCUCUAGUCAUAUCUGUGUAUUGACAAUGGCACCAUAUUCCCUAUUUAGUACACUACUUUUGACCAGGGCCCAUAGGUCUCAGGUCAAAAGUAGUGCACUAUAUAUUCAAUAGGGUGCCAUUUGGGACUCAGCCUGUGUAGUAAUUCAGUGUACAGCAGCUCUGUGUGAGGCUGUGCCACCCUGCUGUACUGGCAACUCUAUUUCCAACCCUUUGUAGUCCUGCUCAAUGCUAUUCUACUACUACAUAUGGCUCCAGUCUAGUCUCAUUGAAGCUACCUACCUACCUACCUACCUACCUACCUACCUACCUGCCUGCUGUACUGAAUCAUUUCUGCAGGCCUGGAGACCUAUCCACAACCCCUCCUGUCUCCUUUGCCCACCAACACCCUGGCUGUGACUCAAAUAGCACCAUAUUCCCUAUAUAGCAUAUUACUUUUGACCAGGGCCCAUAGGGCUGUAAUGAAAAGUAGGAUAGGGCUCUGGUCAAAAUAAGUGCACUAUGCAGGGAAUAGGGUGCCAUUUUGGAUACACACCCUGUUUGUCCCAAGUGAAAAUCUCAAUCUUAACAUUCCAUAAUCACAGCAUCCUCCUGAUAGGCCCCUCUCUUCUGUCAAUGAGUCUCACACCGACUUCGUGGUGCAUCGAGGAACAGGUCUCACACUGACCUCGUGGUGCAUCAAGGAACAGGUCUCACACUGACCUCGUGGUGCAUCGAGGAACAGGUCUCACACUGACCUCGUGGUGCAUCGAGGAACAGGUCUCACACUGACCUCGUGGUGCAUCGAGGAACAGGUCUCACACUGAUCUCGUGGUGCAUCGAGGAACAGGUCUCACACUGACCUCGUGGUGCGUCGAGGAACAGGUCUCACACCGACCUCGUGGUGCAUCGAGGAACAGGUCUCACACUGACCUCGUGGUGCAUCGAGGAACAGGUCUCACACCGACCUUGUGGUGCAUCGAGGAACAGGUCUCACACCGACCUCGUGGUGCAUCGAGGAACAGGUCUCACACCGACCUUGUGGUGCAGUACCUGCCUAGAGAGAUCAAUAAAUGGAAAUUGGAUCAGGCCGAAGUAACUCCGUAUGAAUCAUCUUGAUACAGUAAUUCAUUCUCAUGUGGGAGACGUGCCGCCUCCUUCUGCAUUAAAGUCUCUCUCUCAUAUCCUUAUAGUAGAACACAAUCUGCUGCCAGACUCUGGCCUGUCACAUUGUGUGAAUGUACGGUGCUCCAUGAGGCUCAUUCUCACUCUGCAGUUGGCUGUCCCAAGGGUUACUGCAGUACCAUGCAUGUCUCAGCAACAUGUCAAUGUGUUUAUGGCAAGCCACCAACGGCUGCCUUUCAGACAUGCUCUAUUCACAAACCCCCGACGUGAAAAGUUAGAUUUAGAAAUUGAGUUCAUGCCGCUUCACAGAAUAAAUGACUCCCGAUCAAUUGGAAUCAAGGUGGAUUGAAAUGGUAAUUUGCUAAAUGAACAAGGUAGUGCAGUUCUGGCCACAGCUACAUGGGGUGAAUACUGAGCAGAGGGGAUUAUGGUACAAAAGGCCACAGAUUGCCAUGCUAGCACUUACAGGUACUGUCUCAAUUCACACUUAUACACCGUUUAGAGCAUCAUAGAGAAGUAGAGUUUGAUAUUGAGUCCGGCCUCAAGAUGAAAUGUACCCCUUUCAACAAUAACAUUUGCAUUUAUGUUAGUGUUCUGGUAUUUUCCAACGUGUGCCAAGCCAACCUGUCUCCCUAAAUGCUGAUAAACUCUUAUUGUCAAGUACCAAUCACCUAAAAGGCUGUGGUGUUUAAUGUUGCAUUUCAAUCAGUGUAACAACCUCAGUCAGCACUGAGGCCAGACAGACUGGACUCCCUUUGCCUGUUGCACUCACUAUACUAUACUAUAAAUUCUACUACUUAGCUCACAUUGGCUGCAUCCCAAAUGGCACCCUUUUCCCUACAUAGUGCACUACCCCUAAGGGCCCUGGUCAAAAGUAGUGUACUAUAAAGGUAAUAUGGAGCCAUUUGGGAUACACAGUUGUCUGUAAUAAAGUACUGUAGGGCUGAAAGACUGAGAGAGAGGGAGAGCCACACCUCCAUGCUUCUAACCCAAACCACCUUAGAUGAAGAACACUUUCCAUUGGAAAAAAUGGCCUGUAAUAACUGUAUUUGGAUGUUUUCAGUCAACAACAUUUGUCAGGCCUAACAUGUAUGAAGCCUUUUACUCAGAUGAAAGCGGUGGAUAAAUCAAAUGGAAUGGUGGCUGGCACAUACUGAUGAGGUACGGUGUGUUGUGGCAGCUGGCAAUUGUCCAGCAAUGACAGACCUGCAUAGGCUCUCUCUCUCUCUCUCUCUCUGUCUCUCUGUCUCUCUGUCUCUCUGUCUCUCUGUCUCUCUGUCUCUCUGUCUCUCUGUCUCUGUCUCUGUCUCUGUCUCUGUCUCUGUCUCUCUGUCUCUGUCUCUCUGUCUCUCUCUCUCUCUCUCUCACACCUCAAAGGGGCUGUGAAGAUAGCAGGUGUGCUCCUUGCCACCAGAGCCCUCCUCCACCUCCUCACCUCACUUCCCCUUAGUCUGCUGUUCAUCUGUCUCCCCCAAUCACCUCAACAGAGGGAGGAGGAUGGGCCAGUGUUGUACUGGGGGUACUCUUUCUGUAUUCACAGCUCUCUCGCUCAAUUCAAUUCAAUUUAAGGGCGUUAUUGGCAUGGGGAAACGUAUGUUAACAUUGCCAAAGCAAGUGAAGUAGAUAGUAAACAAAAGUGAAAUAAACAAUAAAUAUUAACAGUAAACAUUACACUCAGAAGUUUCAAAAGAAUAAAGACAUUUCAAAUGUCAAAUUAUGUAUAUAUACAGUGUUGUAACAAUGUGCAAAUAGUUAAAGUACAAAUGGGAAAAUAAAUAAACAUAAAUAUGGGUUGUAUUUACAAUGGUGUUUGUUCUUCACUGGUUGCCCUUUUCUUGUGGCAACAGGUCACAAAUAUUGCUGCUGUGAUGGCACACUGUGGUAUUUCACCCAGUAGAUAAGGGAGUUUAUCAAAAUUGGGUUUGUUUUCGAAUUCUUUGUGGAUCUCUGUAAUCUGAGGGAAAUAUGUGUCUCUAAUAUGGUCAUACAUUUGGCAGGAGGUUAGGAAGUGCAGCUCAGUUUCCACCUCGUUUUGUGGGCAGUGUGCACAUAGCCUGUCUUCUCUUGAGAGCCAGGUCUGCCUACGGCGGUCUUUCUCAAUAGCAAGGCUAUGCUCACUGAGUCUGUACAUAGUCAAAGCUUUCCUUAAGUUUGGGUCAAUCACAGUGGUCAGGUAUUCUGCCACUUUGUACUCUCUGUUUAGGGCCAAAUAGCAUUCUAGUUUGCUCUGUUCUUUUGUUAAUUCUUUCCAAUGUGUCAAGUAAUUCUCUUUUUGUUUUCUCGCGAUUUGGUUGGGUCUAAUUGUGUUGUUGUUGUCCUGGGGCUCUGUGGGGUCUGUUUGUGUUUGUGAACAGAGCCCCAGGACCAGCUUUCUCUCUCGGUCUCGCUCUCGCUCUCUCCCUUUUGAGAGAUUGUGAUUGUAUUUUCAGCAAAGCCCUCUUGCCUGCCUUUACCAUUACUGUUUAAUAUUGAGCUCCAGUGAACUGCUUAGGCGCUGAUUUAAAGGGUCCAGAAGGGUCCUGAGCUUCUUAACUCUCACACAGAAUAAUCAUCUUACUGUUUCCCUUACUGCAUAUUUGUCACCCUGUAGUCUCCUGUUUUGCUUACAGUAUUUCAAGACAUAUUCUUUGAUUAUCUGGUCCUUACUUAAGAGGCGUGAUCUCUUAAAUGGUAACCCUUUCAGUAUUAUUAUUCUAUGGUUUGGCGUGUUUAUGGUUGUACAGGUAUGGGUUCGUUCAUACUUUGACCUGACGCAGGUUUCAUGUGAAAACACGAGUCGAUGGAUUGGCUCAUACAUUGACCUGAUCUGCAGGAUUCAUGUGACAACAGGACAGUUUUCAUACUUUGUGGGUCAGGUCAGCUGCUUGUUGUUAGCCUGGAUCUGAGAAGGAAUGGAGCUAGUUCUGAGAGAACAGGCAAUGUUCUGGUUAACUUUACUCUACUGACUUUAUUGUCCCCUUGGGGAAAUGUUGUUGCAGUUUCAUGUACAUGCUUAAAGUGGCGUUUAAAUACAGUAGACUACAAAUUACAAAAAAGAAAUCAUAACAGUUACAUACAGCAUAUACCGAUGAAAGCAGACCAGCCGGCUGGCCCACCCUGCCCUGGGUGGAUAGGAACAUUGUGUUUGUUUGUUUGUCUCCAGAGCGGUUUAGAACGCGUUGUGAUUUUUCACUUCAGCAGCGUAUCACGUUGCAUCUGUUCAAUCAGUUUAAAAACUAUUAAUUAAAUCUGCCUAAUAUAUUUAUGUUUCUGAAUUCAAGGAUAAUGGUAGGAUAAGCUAUAUUUCUAUAUAUUAUAUCACAUUUUCAGUUUAACAGUACAUAAUAAUACAUGUCUAUUUUUCAUGUUACAUGUCCUAAAGUCUCACCAUACUUCCCUGUUGUUCCUCUGUCUGUUGUUGUUGCAGCACUUCCUUCUGGCCUCCAAGUUCAUCCUGACCUUUGUGAUCCCAGACGUCCCCAAAGACAUCCAGAUCAAACUGUCACGUCUGGAGUUUGAGUCCCUGGAGGCUCUGAAGAAAAGGGUGAGUUAGUCCCCAAGUAGGUUUGACUGACUGAACCCCUCAACUGUAUGGUGUGGUGAAUAACGCUAGCGUGACAGACAUAGUGGUUUGACCUAAUUUGAGUCUAAAAAGAUGAAGAAAGCAGGUACCAUCGCUCAACCUUAAACUUCGUGUACAUUUUUUUAUUUUUUUGGUGUGUUAAACCAAAAAACAAUGAAGUCCCCAAAAAAUAAAAUGAAGGGACUUCAAGGUGAUACAAUGUAAUAAGAAACACUAGAUCAAGGAACGCCACAGACUUCUGUCUGGAUAAGCUGGGUAUAUGAGGUGUACGACUGAUGUGACUCACAGUCUCUUUGAGUCACCCAUCAGGUUUAUCAUCUAAGUCUGAUGGUUUAAUGAUCCAUGUAGGUAGUUCACGCUGCAGCUAACUAACUAACUGUGUGUGCGUGCUAUAUUGUAAUGUGUUAAUGAGGCUCUGCUAUUUUGGCAGAUGUUUAUCACCUUGUACGCAGCUCAGAAGUAGGUCUCACACACACACACACACACACACACACACAGAGAGGACACAAUCAUCUGCUUUCCCAGCACCAGAAAGAGCCUGUCUAUAAACGGCUUACAUACCGUGUAUAGUUAAGGACAAAACACCAAAUUAUUUAGCAGACCUAUACAGUUGAAGUCGGAAGUUUACAUACACCUUAGCCAAAUACAUUUAAACUCAGUUUUUCACAAUUCCUGACAUUUAAUCCUAGUAAAAAUUCCCUGUCUUAGGUCAGUUAGGAUCACCACUUUAUUUUAAGAAUGUGAAAUGUCAGAAUAAUAGUAGAGAGUGAUUUAUUUCAGCUUUAAUUUAUUUCAUCACAUUCCUAGUGGGUCAGAAGUUUACAUACACUCAAUUAUUAUUUGGUAGCAUUGCCUUUAAAUUGUUUAACUUGGGUCAAACGUUUCGGGUAGCCUUCCACAAGCUUCCCACAAUAAGUUGGGUGAAUUUUGGCCCAUUCCUCCUGACAGAGCUGGUGUAACUGAGUCAGGUUUGUAGGCCUCCUUGCUCGCACACGCUUUUUCAGUUCUGCCCACACAUUUUCUAUAGGAUUGAGGUCAGGGCUUUGUGAUGGUGUCGUAGAAAUAUUUGACUGAAAAGUAGACAACUUAAAGAUAUUUCUCAAGAGACCGGAGCUUGUGAAUCCAAGAAUUAGACUUUAUUGCACAAUAAAGCCGAGCUUGCUCCAUGGAACAACUGGCUCUCCUUGGCUCAAAGAUAUCCUUUUAUACAAAUACAAGUGCAUAGUCAUCCUUUACAUAGCAUAUACAGUUACUACCCUUAGGGUAAAUGAUUAACUUCUUUCAUGGCCACGCCACCCUUAUCUUUCAAAUUCUAGAUGUCACAUGUUGUUUUCUCCAAAAAGGCUAUGUGAACUUUUCCAUAUGACCUCUUCCUCUUAUCUUAUUAUAUUGGUGGCAGACCCUUUCUAAAAAAUAAUACACAUACAUACAUUAAGGCAUGGUUACACACUGUAUUGGCUAUAUUGCUUAUUUAAACAUACGUCUGGAUUAUAGAAUGUCAAUCAUGUUUACUAUAUUUUACUUUUGACAUUUCCCAACAUUUUGCCUUAAUGAUACAUAAUUUAUUACUAUAAUGGUCACUCCAAUACCUUGACUUUGUUGUCCUUAAGCCAUUUUGCCACAACUUUGGAAGUAUGCUUGGGGUCAUUGUCCAUUUGGAAGAUCCAUUUGCGACCAAACUUUAACUUCCUGACUGAUGUCUUGAGAUGUUGCUUCAAUAUAUCCACCAAAUUUUCCUUCCUCAUGAUGCCAUCUAUUUUGUGAAGUGCACCAGUCCCUCCUGCAGCAAAGCCCCACCACAGCAUGAUGCUGCCACCCCUGUGCUUCACAGUUGGGAUUCUGUUGGGAUGCUUGCAAGCGACCCCGCUUUUUCCUCCAAACAUAACGAUGGUCAUUAUGGCCAAACAGUUCUAGUUUUGUUUAAUCAGACCAGAGGACAUUUCUCCAAAAAGUACGAUAUUUUUCCCCCAUGUGCAUAUGCAAACUGUAGUCUGGCUUUUUUAUGGUGGUUUUGGAGCAGUGGCUUCUUCCUUGCUGAGCGGCCUUUCAGGUUAUGUCGAUAUAGGACUCGUUUUACUGUGGAUAUAGAUACUUUUGUACCUGUUUCCUCCAGCAUCUUCACAAGGUCCUUUGCUAUUGUUCUGGGAUUGAUUUGCACUUUUCACACCAAAGUACGUUCAUCUCUAGGAGACAGAACGCGUCUCCUUCCUGAGUGGUAUUACGGCUGCGUGGUCCCAUGGUGUUUAUACUUGCGUACUAUUAUUUGUACAGAUGAACGUGGUACAUUCAGGCAUUUGGAAAUUGUUCCCAAGGAUGAACCAGACUUGAGGAGGUCUACAUUGUUUUGUCUGAGGUCUUGGCUGAUUUCUCUUGAUUUUCCCAUGAUGUCAAGCAAAGAGGCACUGAGUUUGAAGGUAGGCCUUGAAAUACAUCCACAGGUACACCUCCAAUUGACUCAAAUGAUGUCAAUUAGCCUAUCAGAAGCUUCUAAAGCCAUGACAUCAUUUUCUGGAAUUUUUCAAGCUGUUUAAAGGGCACAGUCAACUUAGUGUAUGUAAACUUCUGACCCACUGGAAUUGUGAUACAGUGAAUUAUAAGUGAAAUAAUCUGUCUCUAAACAAUUGUUGGAAAAAUUACUUAUGUCAUGCACAAAGUAGAUGUCCUAACCGACUUGCCAAAACUAUAGUUUGUUAACAAGACAUUUGUGGAGUGGUUGAAAAACGAGUUGUAAUGACUCCAACCUAAGUGUAUGUAAACUUCCGAUAUCAACUGUAUCUCUCUCCAUAACACAUUACUGCAGACCCAUAUCUCUCUCCAUAACACAUGAAUGCAGACCCAUAUCUCUCCAUAACACAUGAAUGCAAACCCAUAUCUCUCUCCAUAACACAUGAAUGCAGACCCAUAUCUCUCUCAUAACACAUGAAUGCAGACCCAUAUCUCUCUCAAUAACACAUGAAUGCAGACCCAUAUCUCUCUCCAUAACACAUGAAUGCAGACCCAUAUCUCUCCAUAAUUCAUGAAUGCAGACCCAUAUCGCUCUCCAUAACAGCUUCAUGUAAUGUAUUCAGUCCCUCAAUACAUCUCCCAGAGCACUUUGGUAAAGAUAAAUUACAGGAGUUACGUUAAUGGUAUUGAUAUGAGUAUGCUGCUGAGCAGUAGCUUGCCUCAGCUUGGCACUGCAGUCAUUUACUGUAUUGAGAAUGACUUCUGAGUGCUUCAGCAAUUAGCUAGCAUGUCUUAGCUAGCUAUCAUUUCUCUCAGUACUGCAGAAAGAAGGGCGGGGCCAUGAAAUACAUCACAUUGAUUGGUGGUAUUUCUGAUGCUUCUUGUUCUUGUCCAGCUGAAUGUUGAAUUUAAGCAGAUUUGAACAGGAUUGGUUGAUUUCUUGGUUUGUUUGUGCAGAGCCAGGCCCAUGGGCGGUAAGUUGCUUUGGGUCAGUCUGACUUAACUCUGCUAUGCAGGUUGUGAGUUUGUCUGGUCAUGGUUUGAAUUGAAAGCUUCCCCUAUAAUACCUAAUGCCUCGUAUUACUCCUGUGAAUAGAGAUAGAUAAGCUACUUAAUAAUGUCUAAAUGUCUUGUGGUGCGGUGUGUUGUGAUGGUGCUUGGUUACUGUGUUUAACUGACUAUGUUUUCAACCCAGUCCCAGGCACGAGUAG